GCAGCAGACCGCUGGAGGAGAUGCUGGUGCCGGGCGAAGGGCUCAGCUGCAGGGCUUGAAAGGGGGAACGAGAGGACCAGAGAGAUGCAUUAGAGAGGAGGAGGGAUGACUGAAGACCCUCGGAAGAGUCUGCACAACUAAGCUGGGAGACCUGCUAAAGCUAUGGAGGCCUCGUCUGUGGACACCACCAGUCCGGUCACCUUCUCGCAGGUGUUUGGCCAUCAGUGUCAACUUCUGGAGGCAGCCGUGCAGUCGCUUCGCACACUGAACGACCAGAUCUCCGACUUCAUUGUCCACAAGGCCAAGGCGCUGGAGGAGGAGGAGGACGGCGGCCACCCCCAGCAGGCCUUCCUGCCCGGCGAGAGCGGCACCCUGAGGAGAUCUAUGUCCCUCAUGACCCAGCUCCUGAUGGACGCCCAGGCCAAGAUCGCCGGCAUGAUGGAGGGGAACCAGCAGCUGGCGCUGCGCAUCGACGGAGCGCUCCAGGCAGCCGGGCAGGAGGUGAGCGCCCUGCGAGCCGAGCUGGGCGCCGCCAGCCGCAGACUGGCCGAGCUCAGCGCCGACGGGCCCCCCUGCGCCGUCGAGAUGGCCGCGGGAGGAGGCGGCCCGGACCCCGCGCAGCCCAGCUUGCAAGUCCUCCUGCGGGAAGAGGUCAGCCAGCUGCAGGAGGAGAUCCAUAUGCUCCGUCAAAUGAAGGACAUGCUGACCAAGGACCUAGAGGAGACUCAGGGGGACAAGGCCUCCGAGAUCCUCCCGGCCACAGAGCUCAAGGUCCAGCUGGCCCAGAAGGAGCAGGAGCUGGCCAGGGCCAAGGAGGCCCUCCAGGCCAUGAAGGCCGACCGGAAGCGCCUGAAGGGCGAGAAGAGCGACCUGGCCAGUCAGAUGCAGCAGCUCUACAGCACCCUGGAGAGCCGCGAGGAGCAGCUGAGGGACUUUAUCCGCAACUACGAGCAGCACCGGAAGGAGAGUGAGGACGCAGUGAAGGCCCUGGCCAAAGAGAAAGACCUUCUGGAGCGGGAGAAGUGGGAGCUGAGGCGGCAGGCCAAGGAGGCCACGGACCACGCCAGCGCCCUCCGCUCACAGCUGGACCUGAAGGACAACCGCAUGAAGGAGCUGGAGGCCGAGCUGGCCAUGGCCAAGCAGUCCUUAGCUACCCUGACCAAGGACGUUCCCAAGCGGCACUCGCUGGCCAUGCCCGGCGAGACGGUGCUGAACGGCAACCAGGAGUGGGUGAUGCAAGCCGACCUGCCCCUCACGGCUGCCAUCCGGCAGAGCCAGCAGACACUCUACCACGCCCAUCCCCAGCACACGGUGGACCGGCAAGGGGUCCGAGUCAGCCCGUGCCACUCGCGGCAGCCUUCCAUCAUCUCCGAUGCUUCGGCGGCCGAAGGGGACCGGUCAUCCACGCCGAGUGACAUCAACUCGCCUCGGCACAGAACACAUUCCCUCUGCAAUGGAGAUAGUCCUGGACCGGUACAGAAAAAUCUGCACAACCCAAUUGUCCAGUCUCUAGAGGACCUGGAGGACCAGAAGCGGAAGAAGAAGAAGGAGAAGAUGGGUUUCGGCUCCAUCUCGCGGGUCUUCGCCCGAGGGAAGCAGCGCAAGUCCUUGGACCCCGGCGUCUUCGACGGAGCGGCCCCCGACUACUACAUAGAGGAAGAUGCGGACUGGUGACGGGUCGCCCCCCCUCCCGCUCCCGGUGCGCGUGUGAGUGUGUGUCGGGGGGGUGAGCCUCCAGUUGCGCCAAGGCCCCGAACCCGGCUGCUCCCGCGUGGCCCUCCUGUGACCCCUGUACAUAGCCCCCCUCCCCCACACUCCUGUGUACGAACCCCUUAACUGUCGUCUGUUGAGCGAUGCUGCCCGUGUUGUGUAGCCCUCCCUGGUCCUGCUGGGAGUGUUUGGUUGAUUUUGUUCUUCCUCCUCCUCCUCCUCCUCCUCCUCCCCCACCAGUUUUUGUUUUCUAUUCUCUGUCCUUUCUUGCCCUCCCUCCCCACUUUUCUUUCUACAAAACUUGAAAAACUUGAA